UCCCACACACCACAGCUCCUCACUAGGACCCAGAGCUGUAUCCAGGACCAAGAGGGCAUCACUGAGCUGGUACUGACUGGCACCUACACAGUGCUUUCAGUACCCAGUGGGCAUCACUGAGCUGGUACUGACUGGCACCUACACAGUGUAUCCAGGACCCAGUGGGCAACAAUAAGCAGGUAAUGACUGGCACCUACAAUAUUUACCCAGGACCACGUGGGCAUCAAUGAUCAGGUUCUGGAGCUUACAAUAUUUGCCCAGGACCCAGAGGGCAUUAUUGAGCAGAUACUGACAUCUACAGAUACUGACAUCUACCCAGUUAACGCAGGACCCAGUUGGCAUCAUUGACUGACACCUACAGACUGCACCCAGGACACUUGGUUGAGAUAUCUGAGCAGCCCCUGAAAUCCUCCAGAAAUUGGCACAGAGGUACCUACUUGUUCACUGUCUGUAUUUUGGAUAGCUGAAGGUUGGAUCCCCUCAGCAGCCUGUUCAUUGAGCCCAUGGGGUCUGAUGUUCGGGACAUGAAUGGUCUUCUCCCCCCGGUGUCCUCCCUGUCCGGGAACACCAACUGUAACAUGCCAGUGGGCAGCGCUGGGCAGUGGGCACCAGUCCUGGACUUCCCCCCCGGGGCCCCUUACAGCUCGCUGGGCCCUCACUCCUUUAUUAAACAGGAGCCCAGCUGGACCCCCGACCCUCAUGAGGACCAGUGUCUGAGCGCCUUCACCGUGCACUUCUCUGGACAGUUCACUGGCACCGCGGGGGCAUGCAGGUAUGGGCCCUUCGGGGCCCCAGCCCCCAGCCAGGCGCCCCCCAGCCAACCAAGGAUGUUCACCAACACCCCCUAUCUCUCCAACUGCCUGGAUAACCAGCAAGGGAUCAGAAACCAAGGUUAUAGCGCAGUGACUUUUGAUGGCACUCCAAGUUAUGGACAUACUCCGACUCACCAUACACCACAGUUCACAAACCACUCCUUCAAGCACGAAGAUGCGAUUGGUCAGCAGACAUCAUUAGGAGAUCAACAAUAUUCCGUGCCUCCACCAGUGUAUGGAUGCCAUACCCCGACAGACAGCUGUACUGGGAGUCAAGCACUUCUUCUGAGGACCCCAUAUAACAGUGACAAUCUGUACCAAAUGACAUCACAGCUGGAGUGCAUGACUUGGAAUCAGAUGAACUUGGGAUCUUCGCUAAAGAGUCACGGGACAGCUUAUGAAAAUGACAAUCACAGUACUCCGAUGUUGUACAGUUGUGGGGGUCAAUACAGGAUACAUACCCACGGGGUAUUCAGGGGAAUACAAGAUGUGAGGCGAGUACCUGGAGUCACCCCGGCGAUCGUGAGAUCAGCGACAGAAACUAACGAGAGAAGACCUUUCAUGUGUGCAUACCCCGGGUGCAACAAACGAUACUUCAAACUGUCCCAUUUGCAGAUGCAUAGUCGGAAACACACUGGAGAGAAACCAUAUCAGUGUGAUUUUAAAGACUGCGAAAGGAGAUUCUCUCGAUCAGAUCAACUCAAAAGGCACCAGAGAAGGCACACAGGAGUGAAGCCUUUUCAGUGUAAAACAUGUCAAAGAAAAUUUUCCAGAUCUGACCACCUGAAAACACACACCAGGACUCAUACAGGUAAAACAAGUGAGAAGCCAUUCAGUUGCCGAUGGCCCAGUUGUCAGAAGAAGUUUGCCAGGUCUGAUGAGCUGGUCCGUCACCAUAACAUGCAUCAGAGAAACAUGACCAAGCUUCAGUUGGCUCUCUAGGUGCUGGGAAAAAGGCGUCAAAAAGAAUUGAUACAUCUAAUGUAAUAUAAUUAAGAAUUUCAGUGCAAGUAGCAGAUAAACAUUGAGUGGGAUUUGUUCUGCCCUCAUCAUAUAGAACUUCAAUUUAUCAAUGCAUCAUUUUCAUCUGUAGAAGAGAUUUUGUAUCGAAUGGCUGUGUUUGACAUCCGUAUUUACGUGCCGUGAUUUUAAGUUACUGAAAUGUCAUAUGGUGGCAGCAUGAGCUGUACAAUUAAUGGUAGCAGUGAACUAAAUGUUUCUCUACGUGGUGAUAUAAAUAGCACUGCUUUGUACCCUACAAAUAUAAGCUUUUCUACCUGUUCUAAAAACAAUUCCAAAAUACAAUUUUAUGUUCUUGAAUCAAAAAGUUCCAUCAGAAUACACAGCAUUUCAAAGAUUGCGACCGUACCUCUUUCUAUGGUUCUUCUUUGCUGGUGGAACAAGAUAAAUCCAUCUCAUAUUAUCGACACAGUGGUCAAAUAAUCAGACUGUUUUGUUUUUUAUCUUGUUUCCAGUAGAGCAUCCUGCACUAGAGAGUGGAGCGGUUUAAUGACACAUGUUGCAAACAUCGUCACGGCUUUUUCCAGGAAUUACAUUUCUUGACAUGUUUCCUUGGUCAGAAAAAACGACAGCACCUAGAAACAUGCUUACCAUUAUUUUUGUACUUUUGAGCAAAGGCUGUUGGUUGAGGACUGGUAGAUUACCCAUAUUGCUGUUUUACGUUGACCGUACUUAAAAAAAACAAACUGUGACACAAUAAGGUAAUUCUAGUAAGCUAUAUAAGAUUUAUUAUCUUCACAGAAAAUAAUUUAAGCUUCAAUAAUUAAUAUUUUAAAGCAUGGGUAUUCAACCUUAGCCCUCCAACUGUUGUUUGACUACAAUUUAUAUAAUUCUCUGACAGCCAGUGGCGGUUAACAUUAAACUAUUAUGGGUGGGGAACAGGGAGCAGGGGCUUCGAAAAAAUUGCAUUUCGGGAUUUAACAUUUACUUUAGAUACCCGACUUGCUUCCUGAAAUGCUUCCGAUGACAACCCCAUACUUUUAUUACAAUGCAUAGUUUGUAACUGAGAAAAAUAUUACAUUGCAGUUAAAUAGAAUUGAUCCAGGAAAAUAUUGUGUGUCAUGCUGUCAUUGUCCAGACUGUGGUCAACUCAAAUUUUUGAUGCAUUAUAUAGAUGCUGUUAAAAUAUACAAAACGACCAAAAUAAAAAUAAAGAUAUUCACAUUUGAAUUUUAUGCAGUGGCUGCAAAUCUCCACAGUAGGUAGUAGCUCAAAACUGUCAUCCAAACCUAGUUUUUUCUGAUUUUAUGCAUAUUUUAUGGAAAAUGCAUUUUUAUCGAGAGUGUCGUAAAUACGCAUUGUUACAAGAUAGCUUUAGAAGACCAGAUUCGGGUGAAUGAUAAUAGAAAUAUACACAAAUGUCUAGGCACACCCAAUGGAUUCCUCAAGAGGCAGUUUUUAUUUAGGAACAAAAUAAGAUGACAACGUUUCGGCUCUAACAUAAGCCUUUAUCAAGUCUUUGGGAAACUUGCUCUCCCAGUCUGGAGCACCCUGGUGGAAGUAAUCGCCUGCAGUGAGUGCAUUGUCCACUUUUUGGUGUACAUUAAUAGAGUCAACAUUUUUAGCAUUUAACAAGCAGCACAAUUGUAGGAACAUAGGCAUAGAUGACAAGUAGGGCAGUGAUUUUAUAUUUCGAAACCCUUCUCAGCACAGUAAGAGCUCAGUCCCUCUAAAAAAAAAAAAAAAUACAUUUAACGUGUGAUUAGUAUAUGAUACAAAGUGUGAACAUAACAAUAUUUGUAAAAUAUUUUGCUUCUCCUGGGAGUCCCAUUUUCUUUUUUACCUUUGAUGUCCAUCUGAUAGAGCGCACUUGAAAAACAGACUUAAUGGAUCAAAGUAAAUGCUACACAGUUGAAUUUCUACAUAUACAGU